AAACAGCUCAUGUUGCUCCUCAACUGUCCAAACCCACCAAAGCAACUACAACCCGGAUCCUAUUGGUAUGAUAAAUCAUCUGGAUUUUGGGGAAAGGAAGGUCAACCUCCUUGUGAAAUCAUAACCCCCCAAUUGGAUGUUGGGGGUCGGUUGAAGGAAAAUGCAAGCAAUGGAAACACAAAAGUGACCAUAAAUGGUCGCGAGAUUACAAAGAAAGAGCUGUGGAUACUGAAGCUGGCAGGAGUGCCGUGUGUAGGAACUCUCAACUUUUGGGUGAAUGCUGAUGGGUCAUGCCAGGAGGAGGGACAGAAGAAUGACAGGGGGCGUAUAUGGGAUAAGAAUCGAGCAAAGUUGGCUUGUGCAAUUCUGUCUCUGCCAGUUCCUUCAAAGUCUCUGUCUCCUUCUGGGGAAGGCGAAAUAGCGAAUAAAGUUAAUGAAGACAACAUUCAACAUAAAACACUUCACAAAUUUCUACUUGUUGGUUCUGUCAAUUCUGGAGCAUGUACUAUAUUCAAACAGGCCAAGCUUAUAUAUAAUGUUCCUUUCUCCGAAAAUGAGCUCCAAAAUAUCAAGUUGGUGAUCCAAAGCAAUCUUUUUACCUACCUUGGUAUCCUGCUGGAGGGGCGUGAAAAUUUCGAAGAAGAGAGUUUGCUGGAGAAUAGUAAAAGAUGGUCUGUUGAUGAAUCCACUUCAUCUGGGAAUACCAGUGAUAGUGUUGCUUCAACACUCUAUUCCAUUGGCCCACGACUGAGAGAUUUCUCAGAUUGGCUACUUAAAUACAUGGGGUCAGGUAACCUGGAUGCAAUAUUUCCAGCUGCUACACGUGAAUAUGGGCCACUUGUGGAGGAUUUGUGGAGGGAUGAGGCCAUUCAGGCCACAUACAACAGGAGAAAUGAACUCAAAUUGCUACCUAGAAGUGCAAACUAUUUUCUAGACCGGGCUAUCGAAAUUUCCAAGAUGGACUAUAAACCUUCUGAUAUGGACAUCUUGUAUGCUGAGGGGAUAUCAUUAUCCAACAGCCUCACUUCAAUGGAAUAUUCAUUUCCCAAGUCAAGCAGUGAGGAUUCUUUGUACCCUGAAUAUCAACAUGAAUCUUCUCUCAGAUACCAACUGAUCAGAGUACAUCCUAAAAGCCUUGGAGAAAACUGCAAGUGGUUGGAGAUGUUUGAAGACACCAAUGUUGUAUUGUUCUCUGUGGCCUUAACUGACUAUGAUGAGUACACUGUAGACAGUAAAGGAAUUGCUACCAACAAAAUGUUGGCAGCUAAGCAUCUCUUCGAAAACAUCAUUGCUCAUCCAUCCUUCAAAAACAAGAAAUUUCUUUUAAUACUGACCAAAUUUGAUCUACUUGAAGAAAAGAUUGAUCUGGCUCCUCUGAAACUAUGUGAAUGGUUUUGUGAUUUCAAUCCAGUUAUCAGUCACAAUCACAACAGAGCUAGUAACCCUAACAAUAACAAUAACAAUAACAAUAGCAAUAGCCCUCCAUUAGCUCAACGUGCUUUUCAAUAUAUUGCUAUGAAGUUUAAGAGAUUGUUCCAUUCUCUUACUGGCAGAAAGCUCUUUGUUUCAUUGGUUACUGGAUUGGAACCUGAUACUAUUGAUGAAGCUCUCAGAUAUGCUAGGGAGGUUAUGGUGUGGGAAGAAUGGGAUCCCUCUUUUGUAAAUGAGAAGUUCGAGACAACUUCAACUAGCAUUGAGGCAAGUUCCUCAUAAAGUUUCCUCCAAAAUAUUUGUACAAAGGCUGUUUCUGGAUAGACAUUGUUCUAUAAAGGGCUUAGAAGAGUUCAUGGAUUCUCAUAAGGGUUAUCUUUGGUUAUAUCUAAUGAUGGGUGAAAUGGAAUGUGAUAGAAUGGGAAAAAGAAAAAGAAAAUACCAUACCAUACCAUUGUUUGGAUAUUUUAUAAUGCGAUGGAGGGAAGUUUCUAUUUUAUUAUUUGGGAAGUGAAUGAAGUAAUAAAGAGGCUAGUAAGUAAUUAGUUAAUUCUAUCUCAUACCCCACAAAUCCGAGAAAAAAGAAUGGAGUGAAAUAGAUUCUGUUAUGUUCCAUUUCAUUCAACACCAUCCAUUUCAUUCCACACCAUCCAUUCAUUUGGUAUUUGGAUUAGAGCUUUUUAUUCUAUGUAUACACAUGUACUUGAA